AUGGCGGACAGAUCCCCCGAAGAGGGUCAUGUGGAGUCAGAUUCUGAACAAGAGAAUCUGGACACGGGUAAUAAUGAUGCAGACUUGACCCUCCACCAGGGAACCAAUGAUCAACACAUGGAAGACAAUGGAACCCAAUUCACUGAUUCUACCUUCAGAAGCCUAGUAGCCAGUAUGAAAAUCAAACACCAGUUCACCUCGGUGGAGCACCCGCAAUCCAAUGGACAAGCCGAGGCAGCCAACAAAGUCAUACUGGCAGGGCUAAAGAAAAGAUUACAAGAGGCAAAAGGAGCCUGGGCUGAGGAGCUCCCACAAGUGCUAUGGGCUUACAGGACAACGCCCCAAUCCGCCACUGGAGAAACGCCCUUCCGACUAGUCUAUGGCGUAGAGGCAAUGAUACCCAUAGAAAUCAAUGAACAAAGCCCAAGGGCCAUAAUUCAAUUUUGGCAGCCCAAGUUGAAUGAAUAA